ACCUCGUGCAAACGUACCUCGCCCACGCCCGACACCCACCUUGCAUGAGUGUCACUAGCUCAUUCUGAGCGCGCGAACUUUGCAAAUCGACUGCCGUCGCCAGUGGUUCCAUUCGAACAAGACACAUCCAGUCCGGCUCUCAGGAUGUCCAUGUCAAUCGAGGAGCUGGACGCUACCGUCCGCAUCCUCUACGAGAGUAGAGGCGAACCCCAAAAACAAGCGCAACUCACGCUCAACCAGUUCAAAGAGAACCCCGACGCGUGGCUGCUUGUCGACAAGAUACUACAGGAUGCCGCGUACCCCCAGACAAAGUAUUUGGGUCUCCAGGUCCUGGACAGCGUUAUCAUGACGCGCUGGAAGGUGUUGCCUAGGGAUCAGUGCCAAGGUAUCCGCAACUUCAUUGUCAACUUCAUCAUCACGGCCUCUAGCACCGAGGAGAGCCUCCGAGCGAACCGCACGCUCUUGAACAAGCUCAACCUGGUCCUCGUCUCGAUUCUGAAGCAGGAAUGGCCGCACAACUGGCCCACCUUCAUCAACGAGAUCAUUUCUUCCUGCCAUAGCAGUCUCCCCAUUUGCGAAAACAACAUGGCCAUCCUCAGACUGCUCUCGGAAGAGGUCUUCGACUACUCCGCGGACCAGAUGACCUCAACCAAGACGAAAGAGCUCAAGCAGAGCAUGUGCGAUGAGUUCACGUCCAUUUACCAACUCUGCUCCGAGGUUUUGAGGACGGCCGAGCAAGCCACCCUUAUUAAGGCCACACUGGAAACCCUGUUGCGUUUCCUCAACUGGAUUCCUCUUGGCUAUAUCUUCGAGACCCCGCCGAGCGGAAUCAGCCUGAUCGAGACUCUACGUAGCAGAUUUUUGGAGGUUCCGGAAUUCCGCAACAUCACUCUGAAGUGUUUGACGGAGAUUGCCAGUUUGCACACGGAGCCUGCGUACAACGAGAAGUUGGUGCAAAUGUUUACGGAGACGCUACAGGAGAUUGCCAAGAUUAUCCCAUUGCAGCUUGAUUUGAAGACUACUUAUGCAAGCAGCAACAGCAGAGACCAGGAGUUUGUUCAAAACUUGGCCUUGUUUCUGUGCAACUUCUUUUCCAUGCACUUGAGCGUCAUCGAAAAUCUCCCGAAUCGCGACUACCUUACCCACGGCCACUUUUAUCUCAUCCGCAUCAGUCAGAUCGAUGACCGCGAAAUCUUCAAGAUUUGUUUGGAGUAUUGGACGAAACUCGUUUCCGAACUUUACGAUGAAAUGCAGCAAUUGCCCAUCACCGACGUCAACCCUCUUAUCAACAUGGGUAUCGCCGGUUUGGCGAACGGUGGCGCCCGUGACCCCAGCGUCCUCGCGAACUAUCCUCUGCGCAAGCACAAGUACCAAGAGGUUCUCUCGAACCUGCGCCAGGUCAUGAUUGAGAAGAUGGUUAGGCCCGAGGAGGUCCUCAUCGUUGAAAACGACGAGGGUGAAAUCGUUCGCGAAUUCGUCAAGGAGAGCGACACCAUUCAGCUUUACAAGUCAACAAGAGAGUGCCUGGUUUUCUUGACGCAUCUUGAUGUCAACGACACUGAGCAAAUCAUGUCCGAAAAGCUGGCUCGCCAGGUUGAUGGUAGUGAAUGGUCAUGGGCCAACUGCAACACUCUGUGCUGGGCAAUUGGUUCGAUUUCCGGUGCGAUGAAUGAGGAGACUGAGAAGAGGUUCCUGGUCACUGUCAUCAAGGACUUGCUGGGUCUGACGGAGAUGAAGCGUGGCAAGGACAACAAGGCCGUCGUUGCCAGUAACAUCAUGUACAUUGUCGGCCAAUACCCUCGGUUCCUGAAGGCCCACUGGAAAUUCCUUAAGACCGUCGUCAACAAAUUGUUUGAGUUCAUGCACGAGACGCACGAGGGUGUUCAGGAUAUGGCUUGCGACACAUUCAUCAAGAUCGCCAACAAAUGCAGACGCCACUUCGUUGCGCUGCAGCCUGGCGAGACGGAACCGUUCAUCGACGAGAUCGUCCGCAAUUUGCGCAAAAUCACCAUAGACCUGACUCCCCAGCAGAUCCACACGUUCUACGAGGCCUGCGGUUACAUGAUCAGCGCCCAGGGCCAGAAGAGUAUCCAGGAGCGUCUCAUCCAAGAACUCAUGUCGCUCCCCAACGCUGCCUGGGAUUCUAUCAUUCAAUCUGCGAACAACAAUCCCAGCAUCCUCCAGGACGGCGAAACCAUCAAGAUUAUCGGCAACAUCAUGAAGACCAAUGUGGCAGCUUGCGGUUCUAUCGGAAGCUACUUCUACCCCCAGAUCGGUCGCAUCUACCUGGACAUGCUAACCAUGUACCGUGCUGCCAGCGGUCUGAUCGACGAAUCAGUUCAGCGGGAGGGUAACGUCGCGACCAAGAUGCCAAGGGUUCGCGGUCUCCGGACGAUCAAGAAGGAGAUACUCAAGCUCAUCAACACCUAUGUUGACAAGGCUGAUGAUCUGGAAAUGAUCCACAACACCCUCGUUCCGCAAUUGCUGGAAGCUGUCCUCAUCGACUACAAGCGUAACGUGCCUGAUGCGCGUGAGGCUGAGGUGCUGAACGUCAUGACCACGAUCAUCAACAAGCUACAUAGUUUGAUGGAGGACCAGAUCAUGAACAUCAUGGACGCCGUGUUCGAAUGCACGCUCGAAAUGAUCAACAAGGACUUCUCGGAAUACCCAGAGCACCGCGUGGAGUUCUUCAAGCUUCUCCGGACGAUCAACCUUCGCUGCUUCCCUGCUCUUCUGAAGCUGGACGGUCGUUCGUUCAAGUUCGUCAUCGACUCUUGCAUGUGGGCCAGCAAGCACGACAACCGUGAGGUUGAGGCUGCUGGCUUGGGCAUGUGCUUCGAACUUGUCAGCAACAUGUCUGAAACCGAUCCUCAGACGUGCAAUGCGUUCUUCCAAACUUUCUACACCACCAUCCUGCAGGACGUCUUCUUCGUGCUUACAGACAGUGACCACAAGGCUGGGUUCAAGCAACAAUCGAUCUUGCUUGCCAAGCUCUUCUGGCUUGUAGAAUCUGGCAAGCUCCAGGGCCCCAUCUACAGCCCCGACCUUGCGCCCGUUGGCACCUCAAACAGGGAUUUCCUCAAGAACUUUGUCGGCGCUCUGUUGACAAACGCUUUCCCCAACCUCCAAACGCUACAAAUCUCCAACUUCAUCGAUGGCCUCCUUGCAAACAACUCGGACUUGAACCGCUUCAAACUCAUCCUCCGUGACUUCCUCAUUAGCUUGAAGGAGUUUGCGGGCGACAACGCCGAGCUCUUUGCGGAAGAGCGCGAGCUUGCGGCCAAGCAAGCCAAGGACCAGGAGCGCGAGCGUGCCAUGAAGGUGGGCGGUCUGUUGAAGCCUUCGGAGCUGGAUGACGACGAACUGUGACUUGACCAAGAGUUGGAUACACACGUCGCCGUUCGUACGCAGUACGAUCGACCCGUUAGUCCUGGGCAUGAGGCGAGCGAUUUCAAUGAAGCUGGCGCCGACCUUGGU